AGUUGCAAAUGAGAACUUGUUCUCAACUAGCCUACCUGGUUAAAUAAAGGUGAAAUAAAAAAUAAAUAAAAAAUAAAAAAAUACUGUUUUGGGGCAGACUUAGGAAUGGUUGGCAGUUGAAAUGUAUGGCAUUUGAAAGUAAAAAUGGUCUGUAAUGAAUUGAAAGGCGGCCAGUGUCAUUUUUGGUAAAACAUUGCCACUAGGCUGAUACUCUUAACCAGGGUGUCCGACUAAAUGGCUCCAUAAGUGUCCAGUAAUGUAAAUCCAAACAUCCCUCUUAAUAUGAAGCUGUUAUGAAUGAUGCAUAAUGUUCUCUGCAGUAGGGAUAAACUUCAUGAAAUCUGUCUUUGUUUCAGUUGUUCUUCUGGUUCAACUUUCGCUUUUUACUUUUGUUUGUUUUCUUCUCUUUCUUUCUUCAUUAAGAAACUUGCUGAAACAAACUGACCUGUGUACUCAAUAGCAAGAUAUAUUAAAGCAGAGACGGUGAGCAGACAAACAUAUAACUGGAGUGUCGGCAUCAGGCCAGGUGGUGAAGAACCAGAAGAGUGGUAAGAAGAGCGACCUGGCCCGUGCCUCAGCCAUGACAGACCCCAGCCUGACGUCCCCCUCAGAGGCCCCUCUGCGCUCCCCCCGGGCUGCACCCCUUUCUCUCUCCUUCCCCUUCUUGAGGGAGGGCAGCCGUGUGUGGGAAAGGGGAGCGCCCCCCCAGCCCCGGUCACUGCCCAGCCCACUGCCCACCAAACGCAACCGCACCUAUUCAGCCACGGUGCGGGCCACCUCAGGGCCAGCGUUUAAGGGCGUGUGCAAGAGCUUCUGCAGGUCACAAGGUCAUGGCUUCAUCCGCCCCACCAAUGGCGGUGAUGACAUCUUUGUUCACAUCUCUGAUAUCGAGGGCGAGUAUGUCCCAGUAGAAGGAGAUGAGGUCACAUACAAAGUCUCCCGGAUCCCACCAAAAAACCUGAAGAUCCAGGCCGUGGAGGUGAAGAUAGUUCAUCUGAACCCAGGGACGAAGCAUGAGACCUGGUCUGGCCAGAUCAUCAGCCAGCUAGACGAGAGCUAGGCUUCAGCGCUGGCCUGUUUAUCUACACUUGGCUACAGGGAGGGCUAGGGUGGGAAGUUGAGGGGUCUGGCUAGGGCAGGCAGGGACGGCCAACUGGUGCUGGUGAGUCUGUCUAAAUCAGGUGUACUAGAGCUGGGUUGGAACAAAACCCUAGAUACACUGACUGGCUCCUCAGGACACAAGUUGGCCAUCCGUGAACUAGGAUGUGGUUAGGUACAGACUGGAUUGAUAAGUUAUAAAAGCAAGGGAGGAGAAUAUGUUCAACCUGAAUGUACUGGAAGUGGGUGAAGGGACUGAGCGGAGUGGUGGAGGAAAUAGAAUGAGAAAUCCGACACCAUGUUGAGGAGAAGCAUUACUAUUGGUGUGAUAUGAAAAUGAGGUUGGAGAGAAAAUAACUGAUGAAGGUUUAGAGGUACAGAAUCGGAAACGUCUGGUUGAGAGAGCAAUCGAGAAGGGAGGGAGAGAUGGGCGUAAGACAAAAUAAAAAGCUUUGAAGAAUGAUUUAUAUUUGACUGUGAAUGGCAAAGCCACUUAAUAUGUUCUCGAGGUACACAACCAUCUUUGUAUUUUUGCCUUUUAUUUAUAUAUAUUUAUUUGAUCAUUUUGUUUAGAUUUUUUUGUAUCCGCUGGUUUUGAGGUUACUGGAUUUAAGUUUUGGGUAUUGUAGUCAAACGAAUGCAUUUAAAAACUUGAACUUUUCUGCCGAACCGACUACAACUCCUAUUAGGCUUUAUCAUGUGGCAAUAUGUAGUCCUGUUUGCAAAUUGUAACUCACCAUGAUGGUAUGAGAAAAUUACUGCAAUGUUUUUGAAACUAUUUGAACCUUUUCUAUUGUCUGAGACACACUGUAACACACUGUCAAUGGAAUUGAAAUACAUUUGAAUGUAUUUGUUUAAGUUCUGAAAUGAUCAUUUAAUUGUUACUGAGCCGUUAUUUGUAUUUGUUUCAUGUCUACCCAUUAUGUUUAGCAUUUCUCCAUAUUUAGGCUAUUUCUAUGUAUUUUCUGUACUUCAUUCUUACUGUUUUGGGUUGUUUUAUUUCAUAUUUUAGUUUUAGUUAAAAUACUAGGUUUUUCAUUGGUCACAGUUCAGAGCAUUUUCUGUUAGACAAGCCACUGUGGCAAUAGUUUACCCUCAUUUCUAUGUGAGCCUUGAAAGAGCACUAAAAACAUUUUAUGAUUCACAAUUAUGGUGGCUGUUAUCUUUCUUUAGUAUUUGUCUUUGGAGAUAAGGGUGUACACAUAGUAUGUGACAUUAGAAUCACAUGCCUAUGCGUUAGUUAUACUUUCCAUCUGUUGUACAAAAAUAUAACAAGUCAUACUUGGCACAAUGAUAUAAAAUAAUUUAUUACAAUGAACAUAGUUCAAAUGAAUACAGUACACAACAAUCACAUGAUGAUUUCACAAUUAGUGUAUGUCGAUCAAACUGUACAAGUGAGUCCACUGGAUCUUUGUCAUUCAGGAAGGUCUAAUGGCCUUUGGCAGAAGGGUCAAGACAUCCAGAUUAUUGUAUUUGUCGCAGAUGUCAUUAACCUUUUAAUAAAAUUUGAUUUGAUAAGAUA